GUUCACGGUUUUUUGGUGGAAAAAGGUGGAAAAGUGAAAAAUCGCGAUGCUGUGCGUUAUUUCAAGAGUUAUUUAACUCAUCCAGAGUCUAAAGAUGAAAACAGGAAGAGAUUCAAAGACUUCGUCAACGUCUUGGCCUCCACACGCUUGGACAACGAGAAGGAAAAGCUGCUGGUCCUCAAGCCCAAAUACCUCGACACCCCCCACCCGCCUCCGUCCCCCUCUCUUCCCCAGUACCUGAACGAUGCCACCGCCGAUCCCAGGAACUCCCUGGGAAUCCCCUCGUCCCCGGCAAUGCCCUCGGAGGUGGAUAAUGCCUUGGCGAUGUCGCCCCCGAGACAACCGCCUCCUUACAGGCCACCACCGCCGCCUGUGUACGCUUCUACGUCGUCGUUAGACACGCUGUCUAUUGGGUCUGUCAGUUCUGUCAAUGAUGCUCCACAGGCGCCUCCAAGAAGGAGAGAAUCGAUGAGGUCUCGACCGGGGGUCGAUUUAACCACCCCCAAAAGACCGAAUGCGGACUCGGAGGCCGACAGGGAUGAUACCGGUAUCAGCGUCAAGGAGCGGACUCAGAAAUUCAACAGGCUGGCCUCGGUGGAGGACGAUCUGAGUCCGCGGCAUACGCCGAAGUCGAGCGAGAAGGAGAACAGGAAGCCCAAAUGGGGGGCCAAUGACGAAGACUGCGCCUCCACCAUACCGUUGGAACCCAAGAAAUGCAUGGAAUGGUAUGUGACAGCCAGCAAAGGAGACUACCAAGAGCUUCUGAAGCUCGCCCAUCAGGAGCCUAGAUUAGUCAAAAAGAAG